UGGGCUCUGCUCUGCAGUCCUGGGCCUCGUCGUCUGCUGAUGCCACCCCCCCGCGAGAGGGUAGACCGGGCCCGCUCGGAGCAAGGUACACUCAGCAGCAGCGGCGGUCAAACUCCCGGGAGCAGAGGGUGCCACGGGCUCAAGACCGUAGCUCUCCGAUGCCAACAACCCCGCCCUCAUACCAGCAGCUUCCGAGCGGCCCACAGCCGGCAAACCCGCCCGCUAGCCGUCAAGGCCGCGGGGAUACGGACGAGGGGAAGGUGGCACAGGUGAGCGAAUGCCUUGGGGACGGAGUGGUCUCAGCCGAUGAGGCCGCUACAGCAGUAGCAGCACCAUCGGGCAGUCACGCCGAGGCUUUGUUGUCCGAACUUGGGGACGGCGCACCGGAAAAGGGUGCUGAGCGUGCCGCCGCUGGCGGAACGUCAGCAGAGACCCAACCUGCCGAGGGCGGAGCGAGGGAGGAAACUUUGAUUGAAGAAAAGGAAAAGGACGUGCAGGAAAGAGGGCGUGAGCAGGAGGAGGCUGAGGCUGAGGAAGAGGUCUCAGGUGAGGAUGGUUUGGGGGUCGCGCAAAAGCAGGAAAAUGACGAAGUGCAAGGCGCAGACCUGAGUUCAUUCGAGGAACAACCAACAGAAGCAACAGAUGGAGACAGUACAGCCAUAGCGGUGGCAGGAGUGGCACCUCAAGCUCCUGUUUCUGGCUCAACCACCGCCGAUGCCACGGGAAAGAGGCAGCAGCUUCAGGAACAAGUGGACGGGGGUGCAGAAGCCGGCGCAGGCUCGACAAGAGCAACGGCGACGACACCCGAACGCAUCCCGUGCUCUCCGGCAGCAUCAGCGACGUCAAACAGCGCACCAGGAGAGCAGAGCACCCAUACUGCCGAGAGGUGGGGGGGAAGAAAUCGCGAGACCUCAGGCGAAAUGAAAACCGAAGAUCGAGGCAAGGACAGAGAGACGAAGACGAAGAAGGUCGGGCUGUGGGAGCUCAAGGCUGAAAGGAGCCGGCUGGAGCACGCGCUCGUCGAGGCGGAGGCCGACCGCGACGUGGAGAGGGCGAGAGCGACGGAAGCGGCGGACCGCGUCGAAGAAGCAAUAGCGCGGCUGGAAAGCUUGCGCCGGCGGUGUGGCGUUGAAGGAGCGGUUGGUACUGAUGAUGCAGCGGCGGCGGCUGGCCUUGUCGGGUAGAGGAUAUCAGGUGUGCAGCGGAUUGCGUUUGAGGUUAACCGCUGCGAACGCUGGCUGUUGCCGUAUGUCAUACCAUAGUAUGCCGCA